AUUGACAUAUUAUUUGCAGCAAAGCAACCCCCACUGGUUUUGACAAUUCUUUGUCGUAGUGAAAUUAAAAAUUGUGAUUUUUAUUUUACAAACGAAAAGUGUUCUAUUUAAAGCUAAUUUUAAAUCAAAUAUACAUUUUUUGUUUGCAAUGGCUGCGGCGGAGUUGAAUCCCUUCGCCGCAUUACUUAACGAACCAAAAGAAGAAGAGGGCUUUAAACAAGACUUACUCGAGCGUAUUCUACUUUUCACAUUGCGUAAAGGUUCAGCGUCCAAUGCAGCAAGAAGCUUUCCACUAAUUUCUAUGACUGAUAUAGUUGUGGAUGCCGAUAAUGACGCAACCGUAAGCGAAGAACUAUUGGCUCAUGCUAUUUUUGAACGCUUAAUGCUUAGCGAUCCUGGAGAUUAUUUGGUUGAAUCUGGUGGUGGCGUUUGUGAUGAAGACGCUGUAGAAACGCGUGCAAUAUGUUAUCUACAUCGUGCAUUUAUUGCAUGCGAACAUGCAAAAGCGGAAUUACCUGAACAUUCUGAUGCUUGUGAAAAAAUACGAAACCUUAUACUAACAAAUGCCAGCACUUGUACACGUCAGCCAGAAUUAUUUAUAAAUCAGAAUUUACCUACACAGUGGUUAGAGGUGUUAGAACACUCUGAUCCAGCAGAUACAACAACUCAAGAAUUCUUUGUACAAACUGUCGUCAAAGUAAUGGCGGAAGAUGAUCAAAUCGAAGCGCUGGGCGCUUUAAAAGCUAUAUUUUAUCCAAUGCUGGCUGAAGUACAAAAACAAUUAGCAAACAUCAAUCUCAUAACUAUAAAGAAAAAUACGUUUUUAACACUUAGUUAUUUCGUACGCGACAAACGUGUACCACAAUUGGGUGAAGUGCUCAUCGAUUAUGUUACGCCCAAUCCAAAUGCCAAAGGUAGUGAGUAUAUGGAUACAUUGCUUGGUCAAUUACUUUGUCUAUCUAUUAUGCCCAAAAAAUCAAAUGGGCCAUUUGAGUUCUUUGCGGAAAUCAGUUUGGAGACACAACACUCUGAUCCAUCACUGUGGCAACUUAUGGCUAUUCAUCAAGAUGCGGUAUUUGCACUUAUCAAGCAAUUGCUAGUAUUGAGCACAACUACCAAAAAGAAGACACUGCAAUGGAUAUCCAAUUGCUUACAUGCAAAUAUAUCACGUGGCCAUUUGUGGAGCAAUAUUAAUUUGCCAUUUGAGCAAGUAAUAAAUCAAAAUGCUAGCGAUUCUUUUAUGAUUGGUCUGACAGCGGUUCUUCUACGACUUUGCGCUCCUCUAUGCGAGCCCUCAAUGAAAGUUUUAUUAGUCGAUCCAACAUAUUGUGCUGUUACCGAUGCUGACCGGCAAGCAAAACAAGUUAGUAUAUUAAAAGCUGCAGAAGAAACCUGUCUUUUGCCCAUUGAUGAGCAUGAAACACGAAUCGUGGCUGAGAAAUUUAAUUUUGUCACCGAAUUAUUUUACAUGACACACAAAGCAUUUGAGUUAGGCUAUCGGGCCUGUAUUGAACGUUACACACGCAUGACGCGGGAACUGCAUAGUUUACAAACAGCAUAUCAUGAUGUGGCACAAACAAAUCCAAACAACGAUUUAGCUAAAAAUUUAUUGCGUAUGCUGAAGGAACAAAUGCAGCAAUAUCUCUGCAUGCGUAACGGGCUAAUGGAACCCACAAAUGAUACGCAUAUACUAAAAUUUUUCGAAGCAACCACCAUUUGGCUAACGGAAAUCGCCCUAAUUACCGAAGAUGAGUUUAAAUCUGCCCUCGCGAAGCAAGACUUUGCACCGCAUACUCGUAAAGAACGUCAAAUACCCGAUAAAUGUGAAUUUAUACCGCCAUAUUUGAAGUCAGUACCCGAAAAUGUUAUUGACAAUGUAGUUGCUUAUCUAAGUUUUAGUCGCCAUUUUCCACCCGGUCAAUUCAUUGAGAUUUAUCAAUCAUCACAUGACGCGCUAUUCAAAAUGAUUGUUUUAUUUAUGGGUAGUGCAGAACUCGUUAAGAAUCCACAUUUGCGUGCUAAGCUUGCUGAAGCAUUGGAAUUUUUGUUACCUAAACAAAUUUCAGGCAGUAUGCGUAAUUCUUUCAUAACUCGUGUGUUCGAUAGUAAUAUGGAUCGAUUGAAGGUGGUGCGCAGUUUGUUAAAUGUAUUUGUUAGCAUCGAAAUGACUGGACAAUCGGUGCAAUUUGAGCAAAAAUUCAACUACCGUCGGCCAAUGUAUGCCAUUAUGGAGUACUUGUGGACAAAAGAGGACCAGGUCCAAUGUUUUAAAGAUUUGGCUAGGGAAGCAGAAGAAAAUAUGGAGGCUAUUGAACCGCCACUGUUUCUCCGAUUCAUUAAUUUACUUAUUAACGAUGCUAUAUUUUUGUUGGAUGAAUCGCUCUCCAAUUUGGAACAAAUACGACAACUACAAGAGGCGCAGAGUCGUGGUGAAUGGGAUGCACUAUCACAGAACGAUCGCCAACAGCAGUUAUCGAGUCUACAUCACUUAGGUCAGAUGGCUCGCAUCGACAAUAUUCUGGGCCGUGAUACGAUCAAUAUUCUCAAGUUGCUUACAACUGAGAUUAAAAGUAUUUUUUGUCACAAUAGCAUGGUCGAUCGAAUUGCUGCGAUGUUGAACUAUUUCCUCUUGAAUUUGGUCGGACCACAAAAGGAGCGUUUCAAGGUAAAAGAUAAGAAAGAAUUUGAAUUUGAUCCAGCUCAGACGGUGUUAGAAAUUUGUCGCAUCUACAUAAAUCUUAGUAGCAGCGAACAAUUUUGUUUGGCCAUUUCACAAGAUGGCCGCUCAUAUAGUUCGCAACUGUUCAACUAUGCCGAGAAUAUACUGAUACGCAUUGGUGGUGGGCAAUUAAUUGGCGAAAUUAGCGAUUUCGCCGCUAAAGUUCAACGUAUGGAGGUGCAAUAUCGCGAAGAACAAGAAUUCAUGGCUGACGCACCCGAAGAAUAUCUCGAUCCGAUUAUGUCUACGUUAAUGACAGAUCCGGUAAUACUGCCCAGCUCGAAAGUGACUGUAGAUCGUUCGACUAUAGCACGGCAUUUACUCAGUGAUCAAACAGAUCCCUUUAAUCGUGCGCCUCUGACAAUGGAUAAAGUGCAACCGAACAACGAACUGAAGCAGAAAAUCGAAGCGUGGAUGACGGAGAAACGUGCCAGCGGACGCGCCGCGAAAAGUUGAAGACGAUUGUGUUGCGUGAAAUAGCCAAAGAUGUUAAUAGUUGUAAGUGGCGCGUUUGUUCAUAGCCUUUUGUUUUUGUUUCGUUUCGUUUUAUUUUAGAAAGCGCAGGUAUGUUUGGCGUUGCGACUUUAGAUAUUCUCAUGUAUUAGUAUAUUAAUGAAUUCGUUAAAGCCUUCGAGUUUUGCCCAAAAAUAAUUUCACAUUCCACAAUUCCAUUCAAUUCACGCAGAAUUGAAAUUUUAAUCAAAAUUUUAAACCACAGAUGGAAAAUAAUUUGAGCUUGGGCUUGAAAUGGUGCUAGAUGGGAACCUUGCAAGUUUUCUUUUGUAUAUCCCUAUUUCAUUUAAUUUUAGUAAACAUAAAAUGUAUAAGUUUGGCAAUAAUCAAAUGUUAAAGUUUCGAACACUAUUUAGUCUGUUAUCUUUUUGUUUUUCUCAAAUUUGUUAUUAAAUUUAACAUUAAUUUACAGUACAAAAACUGUAAGUGAUGCCUUAAUUCGUCUAAGCUCCUAUACGCUUUGGUUCUGUUAAAAAUUUAAAUUAUGUUUGGUAAAUACAAUAUACUGAUUUAUUUAUGAAAAUAUGUCUCCAACACAGUAAAUGCAAUAGAAAACAUUUUAGUGUACCCAGAUAAACUAAUGCGGUCAACGGCGGUGGACAGGCCAAUUAUCCAAUGGAUGUUUUGCAAUAAUAUCGAUAAGCAUUUAUACCAAUUAUGUAUAAUAUGUAUGUAGAUGUAUAUUGAGUUCCACUAAAUUCGUAUUUUUGUUUGAAUAAAAUACAAAAAAUUCCAUAUUUUUUCAUUUAAUUACGAAUUUCACAAAAGCUGUUUAUUUUUUAUUUAACUUUUCUUUUCUGUACAAUCCAAAAAAUUUUGUAUAUAUUACUUUUUGUUUUGCAAAUAUAUUAUGUGAAGGUCCAAAUAAUUCCUUAAAUAUAUACAAAUAUAUGUUUAAAUUUUUUUCUUUGAAAUAUGUUAUGGUUGGUAUGGAAAAGGUUCUCUAGGUAAAACAAUAGACAGUCACAGGCAUGAAAUACUUUUAUGGGUAAAGUAGCAGGUUUAUGCAGUUUUUACUUAAUAACUUUGAUAUAUUUGUAAUUAAAACAAUUUUAUUUUAAUUAUAUUUUUGCUUUACUUUAUUAAACCUAAAUAUGUAUGUAUGUCCGAAAGACGAAAAAUUCAUUCUGAAUAGUAAAACUGAAAUUAUUUCUCAAAACAAGAAGUAGCAUUGGUCAAAAUAAUAGGUGUAAAAUAUUUUUUUCUAUCUAAAUAAGACAAAAAAUUCAAGAUAUCCUUUGUUCUGACGACGAGUUUUUAAUAACUGUAUAUCAUCCACGGUUUUUUAAGUUUUCCAAUUGUAUUCGUUAUGAGUUAAUUUAACCAACGCCUAGCCAGGAGAAACAUCCCCACACCAUAAUGUCUAAUUGUUUUGUGUGUGUUUACAAUCAAAUUAUGUACCUUUAGGCCGGUGGACAGUUUUGUUACAAUCAUUUCCGCAAACAUUAAUUCUAACUUCAUCACUGAAUAAAAUACACACACACAAAUUUUUCUGCUCAGCGACAAAAAUUUAACGGUAUAUGGAAGGUUACAAUUACAACACCAUUUGACGGAAAAACAGUACCAGCUAAACUCACAUAUUUUGUUCAUAAGUGGAGAUAAGUAAAUAAAGGUUUGUACUGUGACCUUUGAUCUAUAACAACCAUCUGCCAUUAACCACAUCACCACGACCAGUCCCUGCGUAUUAAGCAUUAUAAGGAAGCAUAUCAACGAAGCCUAUGUGGUCUCCACGAGAGUCGGGUCUAAGAACCCAGACUGGACCCGGAUUUUUUCCGGAAAUGGACUGCCAACUCAUCAGCAUUCCUAAAAUUGUUUCAGGGAAGUGCUUCCUUUUCGAUGACUUUUGAAUUUCUCACCGCCGUUUUUUUAUACUAGUGGCCAUGGUAGCAAACUUCACAUCCUGGGACACAUCAAAUAAAUUAAUUGAGUCCAUGCCUAGCCGAUGUGCACCUGUAUUGAAAAAUAAGGGAUACGCAACCAAAUAUUGAAAGACAUAAAUUUUUCAAUCAUAAAACCAUUUCGUGCUUUUGUUUUGUCGCACCAGAUUUUUGGAGUUCUUCAUAUAUUUAAUUUUAUAUAAUAUUUUAGUAAGUUAAUUUGUUUAAUUUUUACUAAUUUUAAAAGAAGAAUACAUGAACUAAUAAUACAAAUCAAUAAAACAUCACGUAAUGCCUACUUUAUGAUUUUAUUCGGUUAAAUACCGACAAGGCAGAUUCCGUGCUUUAGUUUUGUCGCACACUGUAGAUACCUUAAGGGGGCAUUCUGGUCUAGAAAUUAAAAAAAAAAAAAACGAAUUUUCAAAAACAAAUUUUCAAAGUUUAACUAUUCAAGAAUAUGUGUACAAGAGGAUUUUUCAAAAUUCAAAUUAUUUUCGGAUAUAUAGGCAUUUUUCUGACCCGGCAUCCAAACUUAAAAAAUUCGAAAUAAUCAGAAAAAGUGAUCCAAAAUAACUUUUUUUAGGCAGUCGCCAUUUUGUGAAAAAAAAAUUUUCCCACUUUUCCGUAGUUCCGGCCAUUGCGACAUUAUUCUAGAUUAAUAA